AUGGAGGGUUCAACCGCCAGCACUGCCACAGUGAAGCGGGACAAAUCAGCGGUCGGGACCGUCCACAUCAUCAUCAUGGCAUCCGCCAGCCUGCUAGGCCUGGUCUUCGCCGCUUGUCUGAUUCUGAAGUUAGUCAAGUACCGGCGAGCGCAGAAUCUUCGCAAUCUUGAGAAGAGAACGACUCGCGUUCUCCACCACCCCUACACCGUGCCGUUCCACAACCCUGCUUACACCUUCCCCGGCACCGGACCAGUCCCCGCCAUGGAGCUGCUACAGGUGGUCCCGCCGAUACAAAACGUGUUCUACAACCGUGAUUCGGUCGCCACACUGGCAAACCAGCCACACUUCAACCCGCCACUCCCGCCGAUAGAAAACUCCUUCUAUCGCCCAAGCGACCUGGUUGCCCUGGGCUCCCCCGGGGAAACCAUAUCGAUGCCGAACUUAGCGUGGACGCCCGAUCGCCAUAGGACAGCACGCCGCAGAACCCCCGGCCUCAAGCGGUCCACCAACCCCAGCCUCCAGGUAGCUGGAUUACAGGCGCGCGCCACCACGCCCAGCUGGCAGCGGGGCCAUUUUCUAGGAGUAUAG